CCCUAUAGGUUCCUGACCCCUGCACAUCACGUAUCAGAUCCAACGCCAUCCGCUUACCUCUCAAGGCCUUAUUUAGAUUCCGAUUUUUUUAUUAAAGAAGUUUUCAUCCCUACCAGACGUUCACUUGUUCUUCUACAGUGUAAACAUUCAACACCAUCAUGUCGGUCUCUUCAGGUGACGUGGAAAUAGACAUUUCAGGAGAUAUUGACGUUCCUGCUCAAGUUACGGAGUCGAAUAAGUCGAGUGAGAUGAGCGAAGAGUCGGAGUUGGUUGUGGCUGACCCGUUUGACAUGGAUGGUGACAGUCGCUACCAGGAGUCAAGUGCUAUCAAGAAGCUCCUGAUGCAGCUGCCUGUCCAACUCCAGCUGGCCUCUCCAGCUGCCAGGGAGUGGAUCACUCGCCGGAGGGAGAAUGUCCGACCGUGGCUGGUCUUUGUCAACACACAGAAGUUCAAGCUUCCACCUAAUGUGCAGAGAUGGACCAAGAGAAUGAUCAAGAAUGUAGACUACUUUCAGUCGAAUUAUAUGUUUGUUUUCAUCAUCCUCAUCCUCUACUGCCUAAUUACGUCCCCGAUGCUCCUCUUUGCCGUAGCUGCAUCCCUCGGUGCCUGUUACAUCCUGUCGUUGAAGAAUGCAGAGAAGAAGAUUGUCAUAGGAGGUCAUGAAAUACCCCUCGCUCACCAGUAUGGAGCAGUUGGCAUUCUCUCUCUGCCUGUUUUCUAUUUAGCAGGCGCUGGGGCUGUCUUAUUCUGGGUCCUAGGUGCAAGCUUCUUCAUCAUUGCCAUCCAUGCUUCCUUAUACAACAUUGAGAGUAUCCUUGGGUCAGAAGAUGAACCUUUUGAGCUGCAGAUGGAGCAGGUCUAAAGAUGGAGUUUGUCAUCUGGAGAAGAAGAAAAGAAGGACGAUGUAAUGUGAGCUGAAAGGAUUAGGUGCUUGUGUGCUAUCAUUCUUUUGUAUGAAAUAUAUAACCACAUUCAUAUUUAUAUACAUAUAUAAGUUAUUGUGGAAUUUUGUUCCAGAUUACCUGUAUUAAAGUAUCAUAUUAUCUAUGUAAAUUAAUAAAUGGAAGUAAGGUGCUUCAACACCUGUGCUAAAGUUAUAUUGCU